AUGAUUAUCACAGAUCGUCCUCUUGAAAGUCCUACAAGUGAAUACGAUAUUUUAGACUCACCAAGGAAAGAUGCAGGUGAUAAAAACACUGAUACUCCCAGAAGGAGACAUCUACCUACCGUUUCUGGAAAUGAAGAAGAAGGAACCAAGGUUAAGCUAGAGUGGGAAAAUGUAAGCUACGUCAUAUCAAAAGACAAAGACGAAAUCAACAUUUUAAAAAGUGUCUCAGGCACUGCGAACCCUGGCGAACUCCUCGUUUUAAUGGGCUCAUCAGGAGCUGGCAAAACCACCCUGUUGAAUGUUUUGUCGGGAAGACUACAAAAUACUGGAGAAGCAAAAAUAUAUGGCACAAUAACUGCUAAUGGCACAAAUAUCAAAGACUUUAACUUUGAGUACUAUUCAGCCUAUGUGACCCAAGAAGAUAUUUUACUUCCUUUUUUAACACCUCGAGAGUCUAUGCUUUUUUCAUCAAAAUUGAGAUUGCCAGGAACGCACGAACAGCAUGCAGAGAGGGUCGAAAAAAUUCUCAAUGAUUUAAAACUAAUGAAAGUUGCCGAUAAUAUCGUGGGAAAUGCAAUGAAAAAAGGUCUCUCUGGAGGUGAAAGGAAAAGAGUUUGCAUAGGAAUGGAACUUAUUUCGGAGCCACUUAUUCUUAUAUUGGACGAACCAACUUCAGGGCUUGACAGUUUUACAGCAGAAAUUGUGAUUGAUUUGCUUAUAGAGCAGGCUAGAAAAGGAAGGACAAUAAUUUCCACAAUCCAUCAGCCUAGUCUUAGUCUUAGUCUUAGUUAAAAUUAUAGAGUAGCUCCCUGCCAGGACCGAAGGUCCUUUUCUUCCGCCUUUUGGACGCCUCUCUUGCUUUCCAUGCCCUGCUCCCAUCUUGCUUUCCUUGCCCUGCUCCCAGUGUGCACCUAAGUGCCACAGGCUACCACUCAGCUCCUUCCGGUCAUGGGGCUUGGUCAUGCUAUCCCGGAAGUAGGCGGACUGGGCCACCGUGCUUCACGUCGCCAGACUAGGGUUAGAGCUAAGGAUUAACUCCUUAGCUCUUGUCGGCUCCUGCCAUGCCCUCCAAAUUGGCACUAGCGGUCCCUACAGGAAAAACCCUUUUUGCCCCGUGUCCUAUCGGGACGACCCUAGGAUCGUCGUUGCUGGACUGGGAGGGAAACCUAGCCGGACACAAACUACCAGUACCCAUUCCAGACCUUUCCCUGGGCGGAUUGGCUUCAGGCCGCAGCAAGGUCCCCAAUCUCGCCUCAGUUCCGGGAGAGGACGGGUCGGUGUCGUCGCCAUUUUAUUUGUGUCCACAAUCCAUCAGCCAAGCUCCAAUGUCUUCAAUAAAUUUGAUAAGUUGGUUUUACUCACUCCCCUUCUUUAAAUUGGAACAAAAUAUAGGUAAAAUUUACAUGUUUUGAGCGCUUUAGCCAAAUAAGAAAAUUUUUAAAGGUAAAAAUUAAAUUAGUUUUCAGUUAAUAUAAUGGGAAAAGUGCAAGUAGAAUAUUAUUUAAAUAGUUAACACUGAAUCUAUGAAUUUUUUGAAUUAAUUCUGUAUAAAAAUAAAUUUAAAGUUCAAAACUAUUUUAUUUUUUUUUGCAAAAAUAUUAAUCCUCCUUUAAAUUGGAGAAGAAUGUUUUGUUCCAAUUUAAAGGGAGGAGUCAGUGAAGGCCACAUCGUAUAUCAAGGUAGAGCAAAAGACUCAAGAAAAUAUUUUUCAAAAAUCGGCUAUAAGUGCCCAAGGCUGAUGAACCCUGCUGACUAUUACAUGAGAUUGCUCCAUGUAGUUGACAGAAAACAUCCUACACAAGAAGAAACCGAAACUAUAGAAACAUUAGUUUCCUCAUACAACUCAAAGCUAGAAAAUGAAAAUGAAAACCCAGAAUUAUCUGACUCCCACCCUUUAAAUUGGAACAAAAUAUAGGUAAAAUUUCCAUAUUUUUGUAGAUUAAAUCAGGAAAAAUUCAAUUUUUAUAAUAAAAUUUUAUUAUAAAAUAAUUUUCUAACCCACCUUUAAAUUGGAACAAAAUUUUUUGUUCCAAUUUAAAGGGGGGAGUGAAGAAUUGACCCCUUUGGAAAACCGGCACAUUUCGAAACCCUCUGGAUCUUUUAAACAAUUCUGGGUUCUACUGAGGAGGUCAUGGAUUAAUUCAAGAAGAAAUCCACUUUAUAGCUGGAUUUUGUAUAUUGAGUAUUUAGGGAUAGCGAUACUUGUAGAUAUACUAUUCCCAAAUCUUGGCACAGACUAUGAAUCGGUAUAUUCCCGAACCAUUAUACAGUUUUUAUCAAUGUUUAUAGUUUCUUUUUAUUCUGCUCAAAAUGCAGCUUUAGUUUUUCCAAGUGAAACUCCUUUGUUUUUAAAAGAAACCAAACAGAGAUUGUAUGGUGUAUUCCCGUAUAAUAUGGCAAAGUCCAUUGCAGAAACCCCAACGCAGCUGCUAGCCUUAAUAUUUUAUUGUUUGAUGAUAUAUUGGACAGUUGGGUGCAAUAACACCGAUGCAAGCAAGUUUUGAAUUUUCGUUUUGGGCCUUGUCCUUAUGCAAUGAAGCUCAGCAGGGAUUGGCUAUAUUAUUGGCUCUAUGUGUAAAACAGAGCAUUUAGCAAUCGCAAUAACCCCACUUUUCCUGACACCACUAGAGAUGUAUACAGGAGUCGUCACAAAUGUUGAAAGCUAUCCCAAGUCAUUUUUCUGGAUACAAUAUUUAUCUGUAAUAUUUAUUUAGCCAAUGAGAUUUGAUAUUGAAGGGCUGUGCAUUAAUGAGUACACUGAUUUGCAUAUGGAUUGCAAGACCUGCACUAAUUGCUAUCGAUGUGAUCCGUUAAAUGAUAUGAAAUUCACAGGGGAGAUUUGGCUGUGCUUUAUUUAUGUAGUUUUGCUGGGGAUCGGGUAUAGGUUUAUUGGAUUUUUAAUUCUUUGGAAAAAAGCUAGUAAAUCAAGGGCUUAA